AAUAAUCAGUCGGAAUUCGGUUGACUGCAUUACUCAUUCGUGCUUGUAAUUCGACGUAUUACGUGAGUCAGGAGAUAGUGAUUUUGUACGUAAUAAAAGUGUGUCAAUGAUAUAAAUUAUAUUAAUAAUCAUCUUGUUCAAUAAUGUCUUAAAAUCUAUGAAGGAAAAGGUUAAGUGUGUUUCUAUGGAGGGGAGCACUGACUCUCAUACGAAUGCCAUUGUCUCUCAAUACGCUCAGAGAUUAAUUGAAACGCGCUUUUCACGACGCUCGGUCACGUUCGAGAGGCUCUCUUCGAAAAUGUUGCCGCAGAUCGCGGCCGCUGCCAUUUUAACGAAUAUUGCCAUUUUGGAACUGUACAAUAUUUACCUGGUUCAGUCGGAAAUGGAUUCCGCCUCAUUAAUUUACGAGAAUCCUCUGCAUCGUGUAUUCGUGUAUGGUACAUUGAAACGAGGAGAGCCAAAUCACGGAUUGAUACAAAAUGCAGAGUUUGGUUAUGCAAAAUUUUUGGGAAUUGGACGUACGAUUAAAAAGUAUCCACUUGUUAUCGCAACGAAGUACAACAUUCCAUUUUUAUUAAAAAAACCAGGGAUCGGAAACCAAAUAUUAGGCGAGAUAUAUGACGUGGAUACUAAAAUGCUAACAAAGUUAGAUGAAUUGGAAGAGCAUCCCUCGUUUUACGUUAGAACAGAAGACGACGUCCUACUGUCACCAGAGUCGGAAAUAAAGUCAGGAAAUAAUUUCGACGAGAUGGCCGAAUCGACAAAGGCGUGGAUAUACUUUUUACCAAAGUUCAAACCAGCUUUACUUGAAACAACUAUGUAUACUACAUACAGUAACGAAGGAAGUCACGGGUUGAAGUAUGCCGAAAGGACUGAUAUAAAUACGACGUGUAAUGAAGCAUUAAACGACGAAGAUAUUCCUUUGUCUCAUUCUAGCGACAACGACACGGCAAAACCCGAAGACUUACUUUAAUGGAUUUAAUUAUAAUAAUCAGAAUUUUGAAGCAAGUGUCCAAAAGCAUAAAUGGAUAAAUGAAGUUGAAAUUAAACAGCAAUUCAUUGAUAAUUGAUUUUUAUUAAAUUUAUCGUCUUUCGCCACGUAA